AUGGACGGAGCAAAGGCCUUGCUGCUUGGCGUGGUGCAGGAACUGUAUGAGCAGAACAACCACCGUGUGCCAGCUGCAAAGCGAGUGAGGGAUGCGACGGGGCUUGACCUGGAUGAAGCCAAGGAGUUACUGCGGGAAUGUAAACCCUUGCUCAAGAAAACAAAGGCCAGUUCCAUGCCCGCAGACCCACCACAAGAGCUUGAAGCAUCUGCAGAGCCGGGUGACACCCAGCUAGAUGAAGAGACAACGACUCCAGAGAAGACUGCAGAGAUGAAACCAGAAAAACUGAAGGAGGAGGUGAAGGAAUCCAAAAGUGAAGCCUGCAGUGUUGGAAGCUACACCCCAGAGGAGCCUGACAACCAAGAAGGUUUGAGCCCGGACCGCAGUCCAUGGGGCAAACCUGUGCCUUCGGAGAUGGGUUCCGAAGAAGAGAUUGACCCCACAAAAAAGUUGGAGAAGCAAGGAACCCAGAGGUCCAUUGACACUUUGCGCUACGGGCAGCAGUUGUUGAAGGGCAAGUCGACUGUGCACUUGGGGUCGAUUGACCUUGAUGAGGAGGAUGCGCGAAGCCGAAGCCUGGACUUGGAAGCAGAGAUUGACAGAGAGAUUGAGCAAGCUGCACAUGCACCUGGUGGUGAAGUUGCGGGUCCUUCGCAAGCCUUGGCCAUGCCGCCCCCGCCAGUGCCUGCGGCUGCCCCAGCUGCUCUGCCCAAUACUGGAGAGCCUGCAAAGGCAGAUGAUGUGCCGGCCAGUGAGUUGCCGACGUCCAAAACUAACAAGAAGCAGUGGAAUCUCUUGGAUCGCGUCGUCAGCGGUCCGAGAGCAACAGCUCAUCCGAAUUUGGUGGCUCUGUGGAAUGGAUCCAAUGAAGACAAGCGGAGAGCACUUUACCAGUUCCUCCAAAACAGUGAGAACUUGGAGGCAACGGAGGCGGCUAUGAGAGUGACCCGUCGCAAGGUGGAUGCAGCGCACCACACUCGCCAAUGGCUCACGAUCCGGGAGAUGCAUGACAAGAAGUAUUCGACGAGCCUUGCAUGCGUGGCACGUGGAGGUCGGCCGGAUCCCGAUGCUCCAAAUGAUCCUGAAUCCACUCGCUACCGGGUGUCAAUGGAGAUGGAAGAGAAGGAGUUGUGGCAGCAGGAAAAUGAAAUGUCCAUGCAUACCAACUUGGAUUGUCGGAGUGCGGUUCGAGUGAUGUCCAUGGCUGAUCCAGCUGUCAGCACCGUGCAUGCGCCGGAUCCCAUGGCCCUGGUUCGUGACCAACUGCAGAAUCUGCAGCAAGCCGUGGCCCCGCCAACGCCCAGCCAACAGCCGAGCAGUGCCCGUGCAGGAGGCAAAGCGAAACCCAAGCCAAAGAGUGCAGCAGGAAGCACUUCUAAGGGCGCUGGUCUCUCGGAUGUGGCCCUGGCCGGGAAAACCGUUGAUGAGAAGCUCAGUCUGGCACGUUGCGUCCUCAGUUUGGAAUGCAAGAAGGAGCUGGGCCAGCUCCAGUCCAUGAAGUUGGAAGUGCAAGGCAAACCUGUCUUGAAAGAAGCAGAGGUGUCCAUGGACAAGCACAUCCAGACUGAAGUAGCCACCGAUGACGCUGGAUUUGAGCAAUUGCGAGCAUCUGUCGCCGAAAGUCGCUUUGAACGAGCCAAAGCUGGAGCAGUGCUGAAGGAGGUGAAGAAGAACCUUGGCUGCAUUACAUUAGUACAACAGAUGAGCUUCGAACAGAUCUGGACCAGAGGCCGGCACAUGCUGAUGUCGACUGCAGAAGAAUUGAUCUCAAGUGGCUAUGCAGAGGUCUUUGGCACUGCAACACAAGAGUAUUGGGAGACCAUGAGCAGAGUUGCAGCACCCCCGCCACAUGAAGAUUCUGUUGGGCUUUGUUUGUUCGGAGAUGAGGCAGAAAUCUACAAAGAUAAUCAGUACAUGGCUGCGCAGUGGUCAUCAGAACAAUCACCUUUCUGGACUGAUGUCAAGAAGAGCCGCUUCCUGAUCUGCUUGCUUCCCGUGCAUAGGUAUGCCAUGGAUGGCCAAAUUAAUGUGACAAUACAAGAAGCGAUGAAACACAUUUGUGCCUCGCUGAAUGCAUGGCAAAAUCACGCUAUUGGAGGCUUACAUGCCCGGUUUGUUUCCCUGAAGGGAGACUGGAAAUGGCUGGUACAGUGCUUGAACUUGAAGAGAAAGCCAACCAAAGACGAUUUUUGUUUCUUGUGCAACUGCACAAAAAGCCUUGCAAUGCCAGCAACAGAUCUGUCUGAAAAUGCUGAAUGGCGGAGAUCAGUACCAACUUGCCCAUGGCCAGCGAGCAGUCCACCUGCAAUAGUGGAGUUUGGCAAUUUUUCCAUGGCGACAGUGGGUUUGGAUGUCUUGCAUAUUUGGAAUCUUGGCACUGGCCGUGACCUGACAAGUAGCGCUUUACUCAUCCUGUUGAGGACCGGUGCUUUUGAAGGAAGAAAUGCAGCUGGGCUGCACUUCCUGAUUGCUUGUUUGUCCAUGCAGUUUUCACGUUGUCCAUGCAUGCGUGUGCCUGCUGCAAGGUUGAAGCCCGGAUGA